CAUCCCCUCCUCCUCCUCAGGGCGAGCGCUGCUGCUCUGCUAACCGAAGACUUCAACAUGUCGCAGGCGAUAUUUGAGGUGCUGGAAGGAAUGGACAACCAGACGGUCCUUGCUGUCCAGUCCCUUCUGGAUGGUCAAGGUGGUGUCCCAGAUCCCGGUACUCAGACUGUCUCAGGGACGACCAUCCAGUCAAUGGAUGAUGACGACGUCUUCCUCUGUGGAAAGUGUAAGAAGCAGUUUAACUCAUUGCCUGCAUUCAUGACACACAAGAGGGAGCAGUGCCAGCCCAACACCCCCUCACUUGCCACAGUGUCUCUGGCCUCCAGCAAUGCCUACACCUCCAUCAGCGCUGUGCCACAGCCCCCUGUCAACAGACAGGUGUCCACAUACAUCACAGUUCCUCCCUCUCCUCUCACACACACGCUGGUGCAGGGGAACGUUCUGGUCAGCGAUGAGGUUCUCAUGUCUGCUAUCUCUGCCUUUACGUCCAUGGACCAGCCCAUGGCUGCCAUGCAGGCUUCCACUCAGAGUAAUCUGAGCAUGCCCACUGGAGCAUCAUACCUGCAGCACCACCCACAGCCCCCCCACCCACUCCCACCCAGCCAAACCCAGUCCCUCUCCUCUCAGAUCCCCUCCAGCAACAACAGCUCAGUGGUGCAGGUGUAUAGCGCGCUGCCCCCGAUGGCUGGGGGUGGUAAUGCAGAAGUGCACGCACUCGGACUGCAGUCGUUUCAGCCGGUUCAGGGUCCCAGCCAGUGUGUGGAGAGUCAGAGUCAGGCGUUCAGCAGUGCUCCUGCCUACAGUCUGGCAAAACCCACGACCAAAGCCAAAACCUGCGCCAACACAGCAGCCCUGCCUGAGCUCGGGGAAUAUGACAAGGUCAUCAUCCCCAAGAAAGCCAGAAACACCAAGAAAGGACAGGAUGUAGGACAGACGAAAGCAAAAGGUCAGAAGCUGAAGUGCAAUUUCUGUGACAAAGUGUUCACCAAAAACUUCGACCUGCAGCAACACAUCAGAAGUCACACGGGGGAGAAGCCGUUCCAGUGUAUUGUGUGCGGUCGAGCUUUUGCCCAAAAGUCCAACGUAAAGAAGCACAUGCAGACUCACAAAGUGUGGCCGGCCGGCGUCCACAGCACUGUGUCCAGACUGCCCAUCACUGUGAAAGUGGUUCCUGUGAACACGGAUGAAAACACACCGCAGCCAGCAGAGGCACAGGAAGCUCAGACAGCUGUGGAGCAGAGCGAGGAGGAGCUGCAGGCGGAGGCGGCCCGUGCGUCCGAGGCUAAAGGCCCGAGUCAGGGUCACAGCAAACAGAUCAUCCUGAUCGACAGCUCUUACCAGUGCCAGUUCUGCGCAGCCAAGUUCAGCACGUACUUCCAGCUCAAGUCUCACAUGACCCAGCACAAAGACGAGCAGGUGUACAGGUGUGUGGUGAAGACGUGCUCUCAGACCUUUCAGAAGCUGGACCUGUUUCUCGAACACAUCCGCACACACCAGGAGCACCUGACGUACCGCUGCCACCUCUGCUGUAAAGUGUUCCCCUCCCUGUUUGAGCUGGGUCUGCACCAGUACUCCCACAGUUUCUGCCCCCAGCAGAACCCACGCAAAGAGGCCAACUACUACAGAUGUAAUAAGUGCCAGAGUAAAUACUCCACACAGGAAGCUCUGGAGCAGCAUCUCCUCACUGCCUCCCAUAACUACCCCUGCCCUCACUGCCAGAAGGUUUUCCCUUGCGAGAGGUAUUUCCGCAGACAUCUGUCCACUCACGGCGCGGGUGGCAAAUUCAAAUGCCAGAUCUGUAAAAAGUUUUUCAAAACUGAGCACUACCUCAAACUCCACACGCAGAUACACUCAGGAGAGAAGCCAUACAAAUGUUCUGUCUGCGAGGCCACGUUCAACCGCAAGGACAAGGUGAAGAGACACAUGCUGAUCCAUGAACCCUUUAAGAAGUACAAGUGCCCUUUCAGGACGCAUGUUGGCUGCACUAAAGAGUUCAACAGGCCGGACAAGCUGAAGGCCCACAUACUCUCUCACUCUGGCAUCAAGCCGUUUAAGUGCCAGUUGUGUCAGAAGAGUUUCAGCCGGCGAGCCCACAUGCUGGAGCACCAGCGCUCUCAUACCAACAACUACCGCUUCCGCUGCUCCACCUGUAGCAAAGGCUUCAGCCGCCACAAAUACUACAGAGACCACAAGUGCCCCCUGGCAGGAGCUCCAGCAGAGGGGGCCGAGAGACGGAGCAGGGGGAGGAGCGCAGAGGGCAGUAAAGGAACAGAUCCAGAACCUGCAGCUGAGGGGCCUGACACUCCAGAGACUCCAGAGGAGGAGGAGGAUGAGGAAGAGGAGGAGGACGAGGAUGAUGGAAACGACGAAGGAGAGACAUCUGUGAGCGGAGUGUUGGAGACAGAGAUGGGGGAAAGAGGGGAAGAGGAGGAGAGGGACGAAGGCUUGGUGGCCGGUGCGAGCCUGGAGCAGAUGCAGGACGGCGGAGGAGCGGAUGGUCUGCUGGCUGCACCUGUGUUUGGAGCCGCUGGAGACUGACAGUGGAUUAGGUUUCAGUAAAGAAGUGGGUGAUAGUAAAAAAAAAUCUAGUGUCAACAUAUUUGACAUUUUCACGGUACAUGAUAUUCACAUCGUUUAGUUUUUUUUUGAGCGCGCCAGCAAAAUAGUACUGCAGCAUGAUUUUAAUUACUUUUACAUCCUGCACUGUAACAAAACCAGUUAUGCAAAUAUGCAUGGCCAGCUUUGAAAACGGCGAUCUCCUGAAUAUGGGGCCAAGGGGUGGGCAGUACGGUAAAAAUAUCACAAUACUUGACAUUUUCAUGAUACACAAUAUGUAUGACAGUACUGAUUUUAAUUUCCCAUCUCACACACACUGAACCGCACUAAAUCCAGACAUUUACAUUUACGGCAUUUGGCUGAUGCUCUUCUCCGGAGCGACUUACAGUUUGAUCAUUUUACAAGGUAGGCGAAGGUGGUGUUAGGAGUCUUGCCCAAGGACUCUUAUUGGUGUGGUGUUGGGUGUUUUCCCAGGUGGGGACUGAACCCCAGUCUACAGUGUAGAAGGCAGAGGUGUUGCCCACUACACUAAUUUAUCAUAGAAAUGGGCAAUGAGCAAAAAUGCAACAUUGUAAUACUUCUAGAAAUUUUCACGAUACACGAUGUCACAAUAUUUAUUUUUUCAGACAUCUGGUCAGUUUAAAUAGAGAAUAAAGAACCAGUACAUCUGAAUAUUUAAAAGAAAAACGAAUACUAUGAAUUUUAGUCCGUAUUUAUACUGUUGCACUAAAUCCAGCUCUCCUCAUUAUACAACAUGCAGGUAGUCAGUCUACAAGUACAGCGAUGUCCUCAAUAUGUUCAGAAAAGCAAGAGUAUUGUGGCAUAAUUCACGAUAAUGAUAUAUAUUCUCAUAUUGCUCAGCCUCAGUUUAUCCUGAUAAUAUCAUAUCAUAUCAUAAUGGCCACCUCCACAGCUGAAAAUUCAAGAGGCUGAAAUCCACCCUCCAUCGCUACAGCCCAGCCCCCCGGCCUCUUUCAGCGAAUCAGUCGUCUGCAGUUUAAUUCGGAAGUUUCGCCAAUCUGGUUAACUAAGAUUUAGUGACCAGCACGGUCCCCAAACUAAUUCUGUGUACACUGAAAACACAAGAUUAGGUUUGGCUCUGAAGCUUCAGCCACCAAAAAGACAGAGAGACCACCUUUGCCUUGUCCGAUUUCGGCCGUUUUCAAGAUCGAUGGUCUUUUGUUUUAUAUUAAAACAGUUAUUUUUGUCCUUUAUCUUCUCAUUGAGGAGAAAAGCGUGAGACGUGAGAAGCGUGAAAGCUGAGACUGGCGGAGCUGCUGCAGUUCCUGGAGUUCAUUUGAAACACUGCUGCUAUAGUUUUAGGGGAGCUGAGCUGCUGCUGGCUCUUUUCUCUUUGUGCUGCUAAAUAAAGACGUGCACUUUAAAAUGAACUGUGAUUUUAGACUGAGGUCAUUUAAACAACCAGUCUGUAGAGUCCAGUCUACAGAAGGACGGCCAUUUCAGCAGAUCUCUGUCACACAGAGCUUUUUGAUACAGCGGUCAGAUCAGACUGAAGCCACUCCUCAUUAAAAGGCACACGAGUUUGCCUAGAAGCCCUAAAAGACUGUCCGGCCUCGAGCGACAAGAUCCUGUGGUCAGAUGAACCGGAGACUGAAGAGAAGAGCUCCGAAUGCUCUGUGUAUUUUACUGUUUAAAUAACCAAGAAAUGCUCAGGCUGCCUUCGUAUCAGAUCAGAGCUACUGUGAUAUAUUUAUUCCCUUCUGACACGAAGAUGAAAAAAAUACUGAAUUUGGUCAAACAUUUUGGACAGCUGGGACAGGCUUCAGCACCCCCCUGCAACCCUGAGGAAGAAGCGGCUGAAAAUGUGUGUGUGUGUGUUCAAACAUUUUGCCCUACAGCUCUGCAUUUUAACGUUUUUAUUCAAAGUCUAAAUGAAUCUUUUAGUAGACAUUUUAUUGACCUAGUUUUAUGGUACUGUAGAGAGUGUUGUCCUCUGGGCUCCCUGCCUAAACAAUGAAUAAAGGAAAACUUUUUUUGUGUAUUUUUUUUUUACACUUUGUUCCCCUCACAAAACACACUAAUAAAUGUGAUUACACUACUGUACAUUUUGUUAAAAAAGGAGUUUGACAUGAAAUAAACCCAUUAAGUCAAA